CUUGCGGGGGUCGCACGGGGAACUCGCGUCUGCGCCGACUUCCGGAGUGGGCUCCUGCGCGUGCGCGCCCGGUCGGGGCCUGGGCCCCCGUGACUGGCACUCUGUUCGGGCGGGCGGCUGGCGGCGGGCUUUUCAAAUUUCUUUGGGGAGAGUGGCGACGGCCGUGACCGUUGGCAUCGGAGAUGGAGGGGCAGGCGCAGUGGGAGCGCGAGCCGCGCCCGGCCGGGCUUUCGGCCCCCCAGGACUGCAACAUUCAAGAAAAAAUAGACUUAGAAAUUCGAAUUCGAGAAGGAAUAUGGAAACUCCUUUCCCUGAGCACUCAAAAAGACCAGAUUUUACAUGCAGUUAAGAAUCUCAUGGUGUGCAAUGCUCGAAUAAUGGCUUAUACAUCUGAGCUACAGAAAUUAGAAGAGCAGAUUGCAAAUCAGACUGGACAAUGUGAUACGAAUUUUGAAAGUAAAGAACGAACAGCAUGUAAAGGAAAGCUUGCCAUAUCAGAUAUUCGAAUACCGCUAAUGUGGAAAGACUCUGAUCACUUCAGCAAUAAAGAACGAUCAGAGCGCUAUGCCAUUUUUUGUUUAUUCAAAAUGGGAGCUGAAGUUUUUGAUACUGACAUGCUGAUUGUGGAUAAAACAAUUACAGAUAUAUGUUUUGAAAAUAUGACGGUAUUGCUCAUUUUAUGUGGUCAUAAUACCAAACCAGAACUCCUCAGUAAGGAAGCAAGGCCAGACUUUAAAAUAAAGGUGGAAGUGUAUAGUUGCUGUACAGAAGAAUCUUCCAUAACCAGCACACCAAAAAAGCUAGCUAAGAAACUGAAGACAUCUAUAAGUAAAGCUACAGGAAAGAAAAUAAACUCAGUGCUUCAAGAGGAGAAUCAUGAAACAUGCUUGUUCUUCAGUUCUACUCUUCCUGGUGUGAAGUAUCAUUUGCUAGCUCAUACUACCCUUACCUUGGAAAGUGCUGAGGAUAGCUUCAAGACUCAUAAUCUGUCUAUUAAUGGAAAUGAGGAGUCUUCAUUUUGGCUUCCCUUAUAUGGCAACAUGUGCUGCCGAUUAGUGGCCCAGCCAGCUUGCAUGGCUGAGGAUGCAUUUGCAGGAUUUCUUAAUCAGCAGCAAGUGAUAGACGGUCUAACUGUUUGGAGGAGGCUGUAUUGUGUUUUGAGAGGGGGAAAACUGUAUUGCUUUUAUAGUCCUGAAGAAAUUGAAGCUAAAGUGGAACCAACCUUGGUAGUGCCCAUUCAUAAGGAAACCAGAAUUCGGGCAAUGGAAAAAGAUGCCAAGAAAGGAGUCCAUAACUUCUCUGUCAUUAACCCUCUUGCUGGACAAGCUGUAACUCAUGUUUUUGCAGUUGACAGUAGAGCAGACCUUCAGAAGUGGAUGGAAGCUUUCUGGCAACAUUUCUUUGAUCUUAGCCAGUGGAAGCAUUGUUGUGAAGAACUUAUGAAAAUUGAGAUUAUGUCACCACGGAAACCACCUUUGUUCUUGACAAAAGAGGCAACCUCAGUCUACCAUGAUAUGAGCAUUGAUUCACCUGUGAAACUUGAAAGUUUAACUGACAUAAUACAUAAAAAAAUUGAAGAAACAAAUGGGCAGUUCCUUAUUGGUCAGGAUGAAGAGGUCUCACCACCUCCUUGGGCCACAAUAUUUGAUGGUAAUCAUAAAAUGGUUAUCCAGAAAAAGGUACUGUCUCCUGCAGGCGAGCAGCCACAUGACGAGAAAAGGAAAAAGAGACGAGCUCCCCUUCCUCCUCCUGAUAGACCUCCAUUCAGCUUAAACACACAGAGCAACACAGAUCAGUUGGGUAAGGACAACUGGGGAAACACAAGUACAUCUCAGUCCUUGCCUUUGGAUACCAGACUGUCAACCCUAAAGCAUCACUUACAGAAACCAAUCGCUGCUCCUCGAAAACUUCUUCCUGCCAGGAACAAUAGUUUAACUGAUGGUGAGCACACAGACACUAAAACCAAUUUUGAAACUAAGCCAGUGCCAGCUCCAAGGCAGAAAUCCAUCAAAGACAUUUUGGAUCCUCGAUCAUGGUUGCAGGCACAAGUAUAGAAAACCCUUCCUGUAUAAAACAUUGAACAGAAUGUACCUGUGAGGCCUAAUUCAGAGGCAUUGUGAAUGUUGUAAUGUUGUACAACUUUAUAGGUAAAUAUGGUAGUGACUUACAUAAAUAAGAAGCUGUUACGUACAGAAAAAAUUUUUAUAAUGAAAUAGAUUUUUAUUUCUGAUUUUCAGAAUGUAAGUGGUUUUCCCUGUAGAGUGUAAGAGGCAGUUUCUAGACAAUACCCUAAUUGUUGGAAGGGUUAAUUUAUUCCCAAAUUAGUACCAAGCAGUGAAUAAGCGCUAAACAGAAGAAACCAUUAACAUUACUUUUGGGGAGAGGCUGUGUGGUAAUUUAAAAUGUUAAAUAUGAGCUGUAUUCUCAUUGUGAGAAUUUAAAUACUAAUGGAAUGUUUCAAAGGUUUUAUUCAAACCACAAAUUAUAGAAUCCACCCAAGAAAGUUUUCUUCUUCGCAUUCUGGAAUUCUCAUCUAAUGGUUCACUGGCUCUCAUCUAUUGUUUAACUCACUGGUUUAUAGGCUUGACCUUUUAAAUUCCUGGGAUAAAUUUUGGAAUAUUAAAUUCUUUGUCUUUAAAGGGAAUUUGUAAUGUGCUAUUCAAAGUCAUUUCCUUGAUGAGCCCUGAAAUCCUGUUGACAUUAACUCUCAUAAGUGAAGCAUAACAUUUAUUAGUUCAGAAAAAUGGUAGAUGAAAUGUUCUUUACAUCCAUCCACUUUUGUGUGUGUGGUACUAGUUUCCAUUAUGACUUUGGAAUUUCAGGAAGUGAGUAGCUGAUUAACACCUUAAAAUUUAAUACUUAUUUGAAAAACAGAUGGCAGAUUUUAAAAAAAUCAUAAAAGUUGGCCAUGGUAAUAAUUUUCAGAAUUAACCCUUUUAAAAUUUUCAAUUAGUUUCCUUUUUCUGGUAAGGGUUGAUGUGUGCUAUUGAUACUAUUCAUUAAAAGUCAUAUUCUUACAACAAUAACAUUGGAAUCAUUUCCAUAGGAGGUAAUUUCCAUAGCAACUAAUCGCAGGGACCCAAAUAAGAUUAUGAAAUCAAGUGAGGAAUAAAUAACAAGAGGAUGAGUAUCUCAGAGGAAUAAAAAAGUUCAUUUUUAUAAUAACACUUCUUGUAAACAAGAGGGGAACAGUUUUUAAAAAUCUAAUCAGAAUUUCCAAAUAAAAGUUUCCAUAAGGUGUCAGCAACAGCACUAAAAAUCUCAAAUCACACUGAACCCUAAAUGUCAUUGCAAGUAAAAAUAUAAAAAAUUACUGCCCCAUGUAUAAUCUCUAGAGAUCUUUUUUUAAAGCUAGAAAGAGCUGUAUUUGGAUCACAGCUAUAUUAUUGCAAAAUAAAAUGAACACUUGACCAAAAAAAGCAUUAAUUUAAAUGGAGCCUUCAUUAUUUUUAGACAGCACAGUCUUUUUUUCAUUUAUAAAGCAUGAUGUAACUGCCAGAUUACUUUGAACCUGACAAAAGAUCUCUUGCAACUGACUAAUGACAUCAGGGCAGACAUGGCAUUUGGUGAGAAGAAAGUGACCUAAAAAGCUGAUUAUUUUUUCCACUGGAAGGGUCUCAUAAAUAUCUCUUGCAAUUGCCAUUUCAUUAAAUAACAUAUUCAAAACCUAAAGGAUAUUAUUUGAAUUUUUAAUUUUUUUAUAAACUCAUUGCUGAUUUUGACAGAGUUAUGAUUGUCAUUGCCACUAAAUUUUUCAGCUAAAAGAUGCUGCAGGCAAAAUUGUUUAUGAUAUUGGCACCUAAGCAUUCCUUUUUUUUUUCCUAGUUGAUACCUUCCUUUAUUACAAACCAGUAUUAAAACUUCCAAAUUAUAUUCUUGUCAUUUCUCCUGAUGUAAAUUAUAGCAGGAAGAAUUUAAGUUGUACAGGAAAGAGAAUUUACUCAUAGAGAAAUUAUCUAGCAUCUGUGUUCUCAGAAGAGAACUUUGAAGCAGCCCUGAAGCCCUUCCUAGAACCAUUUAGGUGAAGCCUGCCUGUGCGCCGCCCUCCUGACUGCUCACCCCUCCUCCCUGCAUUAUUCUUCCUGUUUCUGGGAACCAUCUUCCUGUGUGCUAGAGUCUUUAAGAAUCAGCCAGCAAUCUCAGCCACGUCUUGUGAUCUUUGUGCCCAUUAAAUGAUAAUUCACCUGCUCCCUAAAAAGGGAAGUUAGACAAAACUGGAUUUUGUUUCUUCCUUUUCUCAUUCUUUUCCUGUCUCUCUCCCACUUCCACUUUCCUUCCUUUGCAAUUUAAAAAAAAAAAAAAUCUAAAAGUACUGAGUAACACACUGUCAAAGUAUUCAUCAAAGACAUUUGUUCUCUCAUUUCCUGAACCAGAGGCUUAUGACGGAGAAAUAUGUCACGUAACAUGAAAGUUUUCAGGUAUUUUAUGAGCUGGCUUUUCACAUUCCAUGUUUGUCCUUUUAAUUUGUCUCUCAGUGUAUGAAGACUAUAAACUUGAAACAGAGUUUGCUGUCAGGUCUUGAUAUUAUAAUUGGAGGAGGACAAUAGGAAAAAUAGAUAUUUAAUGGUAUAAUUUUGAUGAUUUCAAGGUAAUGUCUUAGACAAUUUACAUUUCAUGUUCUAGGAUAUAAAUUUCUUACAAUAGCAUUUAAGAUAGUAUUAUUUUUAAUUGCUACAAAAUGGUAAGUUUUUUUUAUUUUAACAUCUUGCAAGGACAAAGAACUUUUUUCAUUAUAAAUGCAUACUUCCUAAGGUAAAUAUCAAGCAUGCCAUGUCUUGCUGAAUUUUGUCAAAUCCUCCUUAACUGUCUGCAUUGCCCCCUAACUUCUUUUAAAUGGAUGUGAAUGUAUGUGGAACACUAAAUCCAUUUAUUAUAAAGGCCUUAUCUUUACCCUUUAGGAUACCACUAAAUGUAUUUUACCUGGUACUGUUAAUUAAAAAUGGAAGCUGCCUUGAUUUAGAGACAACUCAUGUAAGAUAGGUGAAGCAGUCAAGUAUUUCUUUAGGCUUAUGGGCAGUACCUCAGCCACCUACUGUGAAGUUAAUUAAUUCAGUCCAAAAUGAAAUUAUAAGGCAGUUUGGUGCAGUUUAUGUUAAAUGCCAUUCGAAUGUAAUCAUCUGUUACUGUGAAUGAGGAAAAACCAUAUUAGAUAGAGAAUGCUGUACCAGGAACAGUAAGGGAAAUGCUUUUGCAGGACAAAACUCUCUGGUCAGAAUUUAUCAGAACUCAAUUAUUUUUUCAGAGUGAAUUAUUGAAUAGUAAUUAAACUUUAAUUAAUGACCAUUUGUGUUCUAAUAGUUGUCCUCAUUGUCCUAUUAAGCUAUAACGUAAAUGGAGUUGACUUUUUGUACUUAACAUUUCAAGGCAUUGCUUUUUAAAUGUUUACAUGUUUAUAUUUUACUUCAUUAUAAUAACAGUUAUAUGAAAACUAUUCUGGAUUAUGCAAUUUCCUAGUUAACCCUGGGAAAGGUAUUUGAGUUUUUAAAAGGCAGAAUUUCAUUUGAAAAUAUACUGGGGAGUUGUCUUCUGACAUGCUUGUAUAAUUAGCAUUGUUUAUAAUUUUUUAAUUAAAUGAUAAAAUUUCUAUAUUAAAAAGUAUUAAUGUUAAAAUGUUAAACAUAUUUGGUAAAGAAGCCUCUCAUGCAAUUAAAACUUCUGUACAUUACAGGAACUGA